CCACAUGCUGUGAGUCUCCGCGGUGUCAUGCACAACAAGUCAUGUGAUAAGAUGCGCCGAUUGACGGUAUCAGAAGCGGAGGCAACUGAGACUUGUCCUCCGCCACCUGGAUUGAGGUGAGUAGCCGCGCCACCAUGAGGACCUACUAAGUAGUGGGAAUUGGGCAAUCCAAACUGGGGAGAAAAGGGGAUAAAAAUAAAUAAAUAAAAACUUAUGGACGAUUCACGAUUUGAUUUUUUCAACUUUUAGAUGUAUUCCAACAUGAUUCAAAUUGUAUGUCCUUUAUUACAGUGCAAGGCAACCUGGUUAGAGAAAUCCAAGUUCUUUUCAUUAUAGAAAACAAAGGGUGAUGGUGAAAUUCAUCAUUGGCAAGCAUGGCUGCUCUAUACCGGAGGAAGAUCGCGAGGACGCGUAUUCUUGCACGCUACUGAACCUCACCGAGACAGAAUCCAAAAUACAACAUUGCAGUAAUCUUUGCCAAAUAAAGUGCUGCACAGCAGAGCAUAACAGAUCGACACUGCCAAGCAAAAUCAACAUGAACUCAGCAAUCAAAACAGUCGCUGGACAGGAAAUGGCCAUAUUGAGCGUGCCCGAUACCACUGUGCUGGUGCCGUCUGAUGUCUCGGCGGUCAGUCUGGACUUUAAAGUCCUUCACUCUGUGGUCAUCACACAGCUGGGUGUCUUCCCCAACGGUCCACGACAGGACUUCAUGGGCAACGUCACUGUUCGGCUGUUCCAGGUGGAUCAGGAGGAGGCAGUGGUGACGGCUCGCUUCAGCACGCUCAAUCCAGGCACUCGUGUGGGUGGAAUGUUCUAUAAGCCCGUGGAGCAGUUCAUUCUACCCAAGGGUUUUGAGGGAAUUCUACUCUGGGAGAGUCAGGAUUCAGCUGGCGUGAUGUCUGUCAACGCAUCCACAGUCCAUCUCAAUAAUGGUGGAGGAGUUCUCAAGUUUGGAUCUAUAGAGGAGGGAACGUUGCCACACAGAAGUGCUCUGGGAUUCCCGGGGUUAGCUGGAGGAUUCACUUUUUCAGUUUAUGAUGCGGAGGCGUUGUCUGAGCUGUUACGUGGGCGAGCAGAAAGGCAGCGGAGUCACACUGCCCAGUUGAGAGAGGAGGACUUGUCCCUGCGUGAGGAGAGUCUGAGACAUGGGGACAUGGUGUUUGUGGGCGUCGUGGACACAUACAGAAACGUGCCUUUAAAACUGCUGCAGUUUUACAAAUGGUCUGUAGAAAAUGCUGACUUCAGCCUGUUGCUCAAGACUGAUGAUGAUUGCUAUAUCGAUGUUGAUGCCGUCCUGCUGAAGACUGACCGCAAACGACUAACACACAGCAAACUCUGGUGGGGAAAUUUCAGGCAGAAUUGGGCGGUUGACCGUGUUGGUAAGUGGCAGGAACUGGAGUAUGCGAGUCCUGCCUACCCAGCCUUCGCCUGUGGGUCUGGAUAUGUGGUCUCCAGGGAUCUGGUGAAGUGGCUGGCCAGUAACGCUGAGUAUCUGAAGGCUUACCAGGGAGAGGAUGUAAGCAUGGGCAUUUGGAUGGCUGCCGUGGGGCCUCGCAAAUAUCAGGAUUCAGGAUGGCUGUGUGAGAAGGAGUGUUACGUGGACAUGUUGUCAUCACCGCAGCACUCGGCACAAGAGUUGCGCUCUCUCUGGGACAGGAAGAGGAAAUGUGGCAACCCCUGCGGCUGUGCUUGGAGUGAACACUGAUACGAUACAGACAAACACUGAUGUGCAUGUUUCACAGUAAACGCUUGAGUGUACGGUUAGAUGUGUGAAUGACAAUGAGUUUUUCUUUUUGUGAAAUCCUUUCAGAUUAUAACAUGUUGUCAGGGAGGCUCAACAGUUUCCCCACAAAUGAACAUGCGGCCGUCAACACGAGACACUAGUAAUGUUUACUUAUCCUUUAUAAGCCUAGUCUCUUAUUGGUCUAAUCGAUCCACUUUAGCUUCACAGAUUCACCAUAAGAUGUCAAACAAACACAAGGUUUGUGGAAUGACAGAGCAGCAUUCCUCUACUUUUUCCUGUUAUGUAGCUUUCUGUCAUCAAAUGCUCACUAAAUGUGAUGUGUUCACCAUCACUCAAGCAAAUGAACCUUUUCAGUGCUUUCAACUUAGCUAGAGGUUGCCAAAAUUGUUACACUAAAACUUUUCUCUACGAACAAUAAAAACUUAGAUUGCAAA